AUGAACAACUGCUUUCCUUGGAAAACGCACCUUGAAGAACUCGUGAGGGAAGGUCACUGCACAGAAUUCAUUGGGAAGCAGGCUAUCCAGCGGAUUGAAGAUCGUGACACCGCCAAGGAGCCACCCCAGAAGGUUAUAAGGAUUAACACGAUCCUAGCCGACUCCGAGGAGUCUGGGCUGACCAGCAAGGAAAAGAAGAGGAAGAUCAAACAUGCCAUUAUGAUCUCCCAAAUCUCGACCGACCUUCCACCAGCAGAAGAUGAUCCUGUGAUCGACUUGCAAAAGAAAGAUCUGAUCGGCCUCAACUUGCCACAUAACGAUGCCCUUGUCAUCAGCAUUCAAAUCGCCCAGGCCAUGGUCGACCGAAUCCACGCAAACGAGGGCAGUGCAACCAAUAUCCUACAACUGGCAGUCAUCCAGCAGAUGAGCUUGAAGACAAAGAUCAACAAAUCAGCAAGAUUGCUGACUGGCUUUAAUGGUGCAACAACAGUUACCAUGGGCACGAUAGACCUCGAUGCCUACUCUCCGCCUAUAGUCAGCUUGCAAACAUUCAUGGUUAUUGAUGAAGUCUCACCCUACAAAGGCAUUCUGGACAGACCAUGGAUCGGCAAGAUCAACGCCAUCACCUCUGCCACCCAUCAGAAAAUUCAGUACCCAAUCCCUGGGGGUGGUGUCGGCCAAAUCAACAGCGAUCAGGCAAUGGCAAGGAAAUGCUCUGCCCAAGGACUGAGGAAAAGAAAACAAGCGCAAUUCCUCCCUGUGAGCCAGGCAAAUAUGAAGGAGGUUUAA